AUGGCGGAGCUGGCUAUAGGAGUCCUGGGCCUGGUCCCUUUGAUCGGGGGUGCCCACGCGGGCGUUCGGGCGGCAAAGAGGAAGUUCAGGUCAUUCCAGAAGUACUCGAGCGAGGUUAGGCGGAUCAGCAACUCUCUCGACAUGGAAAAAGCGUCUUUCAGAAACCAGACACGACUGGUGCUUCAACUGGCAUUGGACGACCGAGAUGGCGCCGAGAAGGAUAUUGAGGCCAUUCUGGGCUGCCGCGACGAGAAGCUGGCUGCCAAGCUAGGACUCGAGGAAAGGCUGCAAGCGUGUCUUGCCGACAGCUACGAGCCGUGCCGGGCUGUUUUUGAGCAAAUUUCAGCCGACGUCAAUCAUCUUGAGCAGCAGCUGGAUGGCUACGAGAGCCCCUAUCUUGAUAUGGAGCCGGAAAGAAAGGAUCGGAUCAGGGCCGGUCUAAAGUACGCCUUCAGCGAAGCGAAAUGCAAGGAGCUGCUCACCAGCCUCCGCGCCUCCAACCUCGACCUGGAGCGACUCCGCAAGGAAAGACUCGAGCUCAGUCAGUCCUGUGCUCCCAACUCUCGCCCGGGGGCGGCCCGGAGCGGCGAGCAGCAGUCACCACGGCCACGACAAGAGUUCGACUCUUUUCUCAAGAUCCGCAGCGCAAGCCGGAGCAUGCACCAUGCGCUUGCCACAGCCCUGUUGGCCGAGAGCAGACUCUGUCUCCAGGUGCUGUCUCGAAAGGAGUGGGUCGACAGCGGCUUUUUCACGCCCGAGAGCACCGAGGGGAGAGAGCCAACCAGGCGUAAGGUCCGCUUCGCCGACGAACUUGCGCCUCCACCUCCUCUCACCCCAUGCAGUGCAAACACAACGCCAGAUCCAGGCUUGGAUCAGCAGGAAAACGGCCAGCUGGUGGAUCUCGGGAAGUCCGCCUCCUUGUGUGCGGAUCUGUACCGCGGUUACCAAGCCCAGGAGAAGGGGAAGGGUCGGGAGAGUCGAGCUGGAGGGUCUGGUUGUAUUGGGUUCAUCGACUCGCUGGACGACUUCCGACACACCUUUCGCGCUGAAGCAAACACGAAGCACGCCCAGCUUCAAGACUAG